AGAACGAAGAGUAAGAUGUUGGCGAUCUUCUAAGCACUCCUUCAGACUACAUCAUCGCUUUCGUUUUCAAUCAUAACGAUAAUGAAUUACGAAUAACAUCUUUAAGAUCAUUAUGUUGUGGGCAUUAAGAGGUUGUAAGACUAUUAAGAGCUAAAUAUAAGUACUUAAAGUUGAGGAUAAAACGAAGCAUAUGUACGUGCUAUAAUCACUGUGUUAAAUAAGGCUUGAUUAAGUUUCAGUACGUAGUCCUGUAGAUGAUUAUGCACUCGCAAAUUAUUAGUCGGAUUCGAAUACGGAUUCGGAUUCGGGAGUAGGUCGAUGUUCAUUGUGAGAUUAGGUGGAUUCACUCUGAAGUACGAGAAGAAGAUCGAUCACAUUUCUAUUACGAUCGUUAAGUAAACGCAAGCAACAAGAUGGGUAACGCCUCGUCGGUACCGAACCGUAAGGGCAAGACCCGAAUGGUUUCCGUGAAGGCUACCUCGCCUUACGAGCGUGGUUAUAAAAUUGGUCGCCUCAUUUUGGAUGAUGUGCUCGCUAUGUAUGGAAAAAAGGUGGAAACGUACGAGAAAGCAAAUGAUAUUUUUCACCCGGAUAUCUUGGGAGAAUGGGAUACCAUGGCGGAACAGGCAGUUGACACAAUGGAAGUACUUCUAGAUUCUAGUUCUAAAAGACAUACCAUUACCAGAAUCAAUACGCUUGCACUCGCUAGAAGAAGGACUGAUGUUCUUUCGUAACUACAUUUAUAGGAAGAUAUAGAUAUCGUAGUUUAUUUUGCGAUACAAAUAUGAAGUGUCACAUUUUUGAUUCUUAUGAGGAACAUUGUCAUAAUUUUUCGAAAAUAACAAAAUCAGCAUUUUGCGCCGAUCUCGUAUGCGGAGUUUGUGGGUACUGUUGCUGGCAUGAAGGCUCAAUAUGCCAAGGAGAAGGCAGCUGCAGGUGGAAGUGAAGAACCCGAGCCCAUGUUUUUUUAUGAUUCUGAUCAGAGUAAUAAAAAUGAUGAUUGAAAAAUGGAGUACACUUGACUUGUAGUUGUACUUGAGUAGUCCUAAUUACAUCUGCAGUGUUCUAGUUACCAGAAGUAGAGUAUUCGUUGCUUGUCUCUAGUACUUGGUUCGUCGCAACAGGUUUUUCUUGUUACUUAAUUCAUUGAAUUUGAAGUCUUUUUCACUUCUGAGUCUCUACCAUUCUUCUAAUCUGCGCAAAUCGCAAUGAGGUUAGUAGUGGACUAUGAACUAUUGAUGGCGCAGAUUUACAAGCGGGGUGCUGAGAACUUCGAUACUCAUGGCGAGCGGUUGGACCAGAAGUUGAAUGCUAUGAAGCACGCGGCUUUCGUUGCGCGCGCACGACAGGGCCUGCUGCAUCAAGAGGCUAACGGACAGCUAACCGUGGACGCAAACGGAAAACUAGUUGAAGCCAAAGGACCGAAAAAGAAGCUUCGUGGCUAUUUCAAAAACGGUGGAAAAUUUGACCACGGUUAUGUCUUCAUUUAUCUCUCCUCGGUUUAUGUAGCUAGAUUUGAAAGAAAGUAGGAUUUCGAUUGGAUCUUGAUGUCCAGUGAAUGAGUAUUAGAAGAGCGGAAACAACUGUUGAAUAGUGGAAAUCAAAUUAAUUUGAAACAAGGCUGAAUAAAUACAAAACUUGUACAUGUACUGGUAAAAUACAGCUUAUACAUAGAUUUAUACAUAUAAAUAUAGUACAAGAAGAGCAGCAACAUCAUCUUGUUCCUACUGUUGGAAGAUCAUUUUUUUUUCUUUUAAGAAAAAUGGUCGAUUUACUGAACCUCUUCGAGCAUUGAUGGCGAUGCUCGACUUCCUGAAACAACAGGCCCGAGUACAAGUACUGGACAUCUAGGACAUCUACUUCUUAUAACCUUUACCUUAUUUAUAUAUGUUCCAGGGGUGGAGGCUCCCCCCCUGUGGAUGGAGCGGUGGUGGCGUCCGCGCGCUCCUUUUUCCGCGGUGGUGACAUGUAAGGACCUCCGGGGGCCAAGGCCUCAAAAGGCGGGGCCGGAGGCUCCUGGCGGCUCUCCGCAUGUGCCGACUCUUGGACCUUAUCAGGGGGACGGCCUCCGGGAGAGGAAGGCCGCAGAAGGCGGCCACGGUCGCGAGGCUUGGCCCCUUUGGCCCUCGUCCGCCACCACCAAGCGCCCGGGGGGUUGAGGACCAAAAGCGGGGAGGAGUGGGGGAAAGGCGUGCCCGCCUGGGUUCUGUCGGAUACUUACAUGCAGCACGGCGGAAGGGGUCAAGCCUUGCCACCUGCUUCCCUCGGAGGCCUUUCACCUCCCAAGAGACUCCCCCAGUGAGGAACCCGCACCCUGGAGGUCUGUAGGGUACACACAACAAGCCGCAACAAGCCAAAGGGCGCCCAGCCUUGCCGUCUUUGCCACCUUCGGAAGUCUUGCAUCCCCGGCCUUCGGUGCUUCAACGGCCACAGGGAUGGGGGCCCUGCUGGGUCCAGACAAGAAGCGGGAAGGGGUCGGAGGUGGGCUUUUGGAGGCCGUCCCCCCUCAAAAAGUUACAUCGGGGAGGGCCUUGGCCCCUGGACCCUGGAACAGACCUAUUUAUUUUGCUCUAAGUCGUAUAAUAUUUUGAUUUUUCGAGUUCGAGACGAGCAGACUUCUGAGAUUCUUCUAAUGUUUUCCGGCUGGCAACGAGCCAACUACCGAGGCAGUGAAUGAUGCUGCUGUGGCAGACGCACUCAAUGCGCAGCUCCCGGCCUCCUCAGAGCAAACCGGUACCGCUAGUGCCUCACAAGCUUCGGGUUCCUCGUCUGGAGUUGCUGGCUCAGAAGUCACCCAGAGCGAGGCCCCUGAGGAGGAGGAAGAAGAAGCGGAAGAGGAAUACGAAGACGAGGAAGACUAAGGCAUCAAGAAGUUUCGUGUUCUUUCAAUAUCGAUAGUUGGCCAUGAUGCUGCAUCUGCAAGACACAGCCGCGUUAUAUAUAGAUAUGUCAGUUUCGACAUAGCCUCGUCAAGCAACACGAUCACGAGCGAAACAAGAAGGUCAAUCUAUACAACAACGUUCACCACGUCGUCGAGUAGCACUAGCGACCAUUUGGUUAUUACUCAAAGAUGAUAGUAGUUGUAGUUUCAAUGAAUUUCAAAAUAGUCUAGCACGUCCUCUAAGAAAGGGAAGUGUCAGAUGUGGAAGACGAGGAAGCGGAAAGCGAAAGUGACGGUAGUCAUCUUUCGAGCUCGAAAAGAUCCGACACAUCGGCACAGGCGACCGUCGAGGGACCGCGGGAGUCGAAGGGAAGAGAAACUAAGAACGACGCGGAAGGACCCCGUAAAGGCCCGCCAGCGCCAGCUCCCCUCGUAGUGACAUCCAAGAACCUGAUCCCACCUCAAUCCUCGCCAGGAGUUAGGACUAUUGACAGUUAACAUUCUCUUUCUCAUUCGGACGCUUCUUAUAGAUAUUCGUGCAAAGUAGGUAGAUAGACAUAGCAAAAAUACUACAAGAAGCACGUCGUAGUAUCAGUAUUUUUAAGCGAUAUUUUUUAUAGAUAAACGAAGCCCAAGCCGUUAGGGGUAGGGCUAGGGGCUGGGUCUUCGUGAUGAUGAAGAAAGAUAGGGAUGUUCCAAUUGCAGGCGAGAAAUAGUACUCCCUUUAGUACUACAUGAUGAAUGUACUAGUGCUUAUCAUUUUCAGUUAGUCUUAUUCUAUAACGCGAAUGAUAACACCAAUAAUGAAGUAAAAGAUGUAAAUGAGGAAUUAGUUGAUGCUGACAGCCAGCUCUAAACUCGAUGAUGCGAGCUCUUCCGCAGUCGUAAGCGUAACGUCAGAUGUUGACUCAGACGCCUAUUUUCUGAAGCAGGCAAAUGCAAACAAUGGCGGUUCUGGCGAACCAACAUCUCCAGUACUAAUGAUUCUUGACGGCCAUCUUCGAAGAUGAUUCAUAUUGAUGUUUUCUCGUCCCUGUAACAACUUCAUCGAAAAAAAUCUUCUACAGAUGCCUGCUGAACUCGAGCCAGGAUGCACUGGGAUAGCAACACUCUAUGGUGGGAUGUAUCCGCAUCAUCGUGUAAUCUCGGGACAAACAAAUGAUGAAAAUCCCGAACUUUUCGACGACGCAAAGCAUGACGUUGUAAUCGUCCACACGCGCGAAAAUGAAGUACUUCUAUUUUUUACUUAAGUGCACCAGCACCUCGUUGGGGUACAACUAGACUAGUCAACUCUCAAUCCAUAGAUUAUUUGCGCAAAAAGCAUUGCCUAUCUAUGUUGCCAUUGCUAAUCCAAUAGGCUCCGCCUGCGAGCAUCGGUAAUGAGGAGACACAAGAAGAGCAAGACCCUGAUCCGCCCCUUCACUUAUGGCAUCUUGGGCUUAUCCAUAGAGAUUGAAGGUAGAGCUGAGUUUUCCAUAUCCCAUAUAGGUUGGGUGUAGGUUUUUUCAGCUAGAACUAGUUAUAGUUAUAGUACUAUUGGAGAAGGAACUUGUCUUAUUCUGGGUACUCAAUUCUAAUCUCUGCUGAGGAUGAGGCCGAGGAAGCGGCUUUAUUCGCUUCGGAAUUGCAGCGCUGGGAUGCUUGGGCAAAGACUCGGUCUACUCAGUUUCUGCUUCCGUUGUUGAAGAAGGACAUCGCUAGUUUUGUGGAGGAGAUGAAGCAGCAGAACAUCACCAUCACCGUAGAAGAUCUUGAGUGGUCUGAGCUGCUCUACAAGGAACCCUGUGCGAGUAUGAUCUACACCCAUCCGGGUAUCGCGGCAUAUAUGGGCCUCAACGCUCACGGAGUCUCCGUUUUAUGGCAGUACAUCGAUACCGGCGAACGAGGUGACCUCAGUGGCUGCCUGGCGGUCGUCACGAACACUUAAGGCAUUGGCAUGAUAACCAUAGAUAACGCAGAAUAAAAAUAUGGUGUGCUUAAAUGAAGAUGAGUAACAACAGAUGCAUAUGUUUUUUAUGUAUGAUUCAAAAUAGAGAAGUUCAAUGUCGAUGUCUGUAGAUGUCGUGAUCUCGAUCUUCACAUCAAAUAAAAUCAUGUCUCUUCCAUUUGAUAAUCUUCUAAGAUAUGCUUAUCCGUGAGAUGCUUCUUUUGCCCAGUGCCAAGCACUGCCUCGCGUACCUUCACACCCUCUUCAACGAGGGCGCGAUUGGCGUGCCUAAUGCGUUUAUUCUUUCGGAUCCGGGUCACGUAUUCUCCGCUGAAGUGAGCGCGCACUCGUUCUACGUAGAGGAAGCGCACGUGUGUCAAGGAGGCACCGUGGUUCACGGAAACCACCUAGAACUGGAUCCAAAUAGCGGAGUCCCGCCGUUAGGCCGCGAUCUGACGCUGAUGUACCCUACAUCGAGUUCCAAGUGGCGCGUACAGCACAGUAGGGACUUCAUCUCUCGCAAACGCAAACUGCACCCGUCAAUGGGAGGGGUCCUGGUCUCGGAUUUGUGCAAUCUUUUCGGUGAGCCCCCACUGCAGCGGCCGAUCCCGCCUUCGCUCUUGCGCGAAAAACUGGGAGAUCCUAACUUGCGUGGCGACAACUCCGCUACACUCUUUAUGAGGAAUUUAAUUUCUCAUUCUCAGCCUCUUAGCAUUAGCAGUUCUUGGAUGAAAAUCAUGCCUCGACGAUCUCGCAGUUCCAGUUUCCUGAGAAUGAUCUGUAAGUUGCAUCAGAUGAUCAUGGGAAAGAAUAUUUUCCGAUUCAUUCUGUUUCAGUGAACGAUUCGCCUCUCUUGCAAACUUACGCCUUAAUAUUCUUUUGACCAUGAGGAGGAGCAUUACGAUUAGUUAGACCAUGAUUCAAUUAUUUCUAAGGGUUGUGCUAUGGUUUUCGACAACGAGCGUCGUGUGGGUUACUUUCGCUUCAAGAACGACGUUGAUGGCGAGAAGACAGCGAUGAAGCAGUUCGAAACGUUCACACGCGCUUCCACGGCGACGGGCUUGGGUAAACGGGCUUCAGUGCGCGCUAGCCUGAAAGCUGCUGAGGAGGAGGCGGAGAAAAAUAUGGCAAGGACACAAAUUUAAUGAUAGCCUGGUCAGUAGUCGUUGUUGCCGCUGAUCUUGAUGUCCUAGUACAACUCGUUAGUUUUUUACUUGGAUUCAUUCGGAUUGCAUUUGCAACCCCAAUUUCUUGAAUGUUGAUGAUGUAGCUGCAACGGAUCUAGAGAAUUUCUUAGAUAUUAGAGGAUGUCGUUGAGGUUGACGAUGGCAUAGACGUAGACUGAAGAUACUUUGGAGGUUGUCGGUCUCAGAUGUUCAGCCUUGUUCUAACCCAAGCUCGUCAGAAGAAAUGGAAGCAGAAGAUAGCCGCGACAUGCGCGAUGUGCUCAAGGACAAGGACACAGCCUACGUCAAGAUCGAACUGCCGAAAAAAGAGUGGCGCAAGAACGCCAUUCGUGAUGAAGACUUCCUUGGAGAACGCCUUGGAAGGGUGUCGAUAACAGCACCCUGAACAUCAAACACAAAGUAGAUUGUAUGGAAGACUAGAAUAGAGGCGAAGUGGUAAUACCGAUACUCGGUGACACUUUCCCUCGUCCUAGUCCAGAAGUAUGGAUGUACUUAUGUGAUUUACGAAGUAAGAUAUUGAUAUUCUUGGACUGAAACUGAAUGACACCAAGAAUUCUUAGCGCACGUACAUAAUAUCAAGUUCAAGUGGUACCAUACGCAUACGGUACUACACCGUAGAAACUUACAUGCAUAAGCAUGGAACUGGAAAAAUAAGGAAGAAUGAAUAUAUCAAAUAUGAACAAUUUGUAGCGAAUCAAUAUAUCUCAAUCUGAAUCUUAAAAUUAGGUAUUCUUCAUAACGCUAACGGUAACUACCAGUACUUGCACCCGGAGGACAAUGAACUAACACUAAGUGAUGUGUUUAUGAUCAUGAACACUUAUUAUCAUACAGCACGAUUCUGAUUCAUCUAUUAUUUUGACUACAAACUAACAGUAGCAUCUACAUCAUUUGCUGCGGUGUGGCAUAAUCAUUUUUCAGAUCGAAACCUCGUUAUUAAGUUGAAAUCCAUGAAAAUCCGGGAUAAGCAUCAAUCUACAAGAUUCCGUAAUCCAUCAUCUCAUCAAAGGAAUCAUGAACAGCAGGAGCAUUUGACUGACUUAUUAUCCGAAAUACGAAGACAUCAGAAUUCCAACAUCGUUAAGAGCUCACUAGAACUAGUACUACAGGUCGUCGCAACAUUAUUCGUUAGAAAUGAUUAGUGCAAGCCACGGAAGUGACUACUUCGGAAAGCCAAGAUCACCAUCUACUGUCAAGAUGAAAAUAGAAGAUGUACUAGUAGCUUCUACUUUAUGUAUAAGUAUAAGAUUGAAAACAUAAUAGUAAUAAAUCAUCAAUCAUGAACAUCUAGCACUGUCAUACGUCUAAGAAGGAAAAAAGCCAGUCGACUCAGCUCUAUCCAUAUACCAUAGCAGGGAGUAAUUUGGUAUGACGAUGAUCAUCUGAUGCACCUCAACGAAUUCACUAAUAAGAUUCAAGAUAGAACACUGGGAGUGAUCAGUCGGGUACAUCAUAGCAUUGAUUCUCCGAAUUUGCGAGCGUCUCAGAAAAACACUACGUCUCAGGACCUGCGCGUCGGACUUCUGAUGAGCUGAGUUUAGUUUUAGACUCAAGUGGAG